AUGGACAAAAAAUCGAAUUCAUUUAGAAAUCAGCCAAGCGAGCAGGGCAUGUCUGGUGAACAUAGUUUUGUGCAUUCCACUCCGAGCUCUUCACAAGGCGAGAUAGCCAGUAAUGUUUUCCAGGCGCCAGUAAGAAAUGUUUAUAACCAGCCUUCCUAUGUGAACUUGGUUGUUUCCCCCUCUCACUCAGAUCAUGAUGAUCCUAUUUUAUUUGGUAAUUCCACUUCUGGAAGCAGAAGUGCUGAAAAUGGGGAACAGAAUCACCACAAUAACCCUGAGUCUGUACCCAAUCGCAACAAAACUCCUCAUAAAUAUGAGCAGAAGAAGAUCCCUCGAGUAUUCUACCAUCCGACAUGGCUUGCAACGCUUCGCAACUCAAAUAUGAUCAAGUUAUUCCAUACACGGUAUCAUGACACUGAAUUGGAGAAGGCGAUGCCGGAUGAAAUUUACGAUUGUCCUUCGACAGCUGACAACCCGUAUGAGGCCGUGACGUAUGCUGAAUGUGUACGAUGCAGACACACCUUUCGAUUCCAUGGACACUCCAAUGCAUGCAAAGAUACAAACAUUGGAAACCAUUGUAGGAACCAUCCUUCUGAGGUUCCAAGAUCCUCUUCUCAACGUACUAUUGAGUUUGACUUUUUUGGGAAAGGAGAACCAUUUGAACAUCUUGCACACAUGUUUAGCAACAAGGAGGAAAGGAUGCGUUAUGACUUGCUUAUGUAUUUCUGGAAAGAUUCUAUCCCGUUUAGAAAUGCAGAUUCUCCAGAUUUCAUUUCGUUUCUUGCUUCAUUUUACCAGCUCGUCGUUCAAGAGACUACAAGUGAUUCUCGCAUAACAGGUUCAAGACAAGAAGCUGUCAAAUUUUGUUUCAAAUUCCUCCGGAAAAGAAAUUGGAUCUCGAAAAUGGUUGACAGAUCUUAUGAUUGCAUGAAAGAAGGAAUCGUUCAACUACUAGCGACAAAAAAUGUGUCACUGUGCGUGGACAUUUGGAAAAAUUACAACUCUAGAUACCUAGGGGUGUUGAUGUACAGCGAUUUUGGGCACGUAUUACUCGCGUUCGAAAACUUCUCUGACCGACGUGAAACAGCAACUGAAAUAGCCAAUGCGCUUGGUGAGGUUAUUAAACAGCACAAGAUUGAAGAAAGAGUCCUAGCAAUAACAUUUGACAAUCUUAGGGCAAACCCAAAAACUCUCAUGCACAUUAAUGAAAUGCGCAAGGAGAAAGACUUAGCACCUUUAUAUGGGGUCAGGUGUGUGUCUCACAUCUUGAACCUGAUUCUCGGCUCCAUAAUGGCCAAUUCCACUUUCGAAUCAAAACCUCGAACACAACUACAGUACGACAAUCAAAGAAGAAGGGAAGCUACCAAAGAUGCAGACAACACGAAAGAAUCCAGACUCUACAAAGCUUGCUUUGAUUUCAGCAAGAUGGUACGAGGGGACACCGUGCUUUCCUCGCUUUGGACAAAAUGCAUCGGUGGUAAGAUUCCCACUCUUCCAAUUCAAACCAGAUGGACGAGCGCUUACUCUACGGUGACCACCAUCCUCAACAAAUGGGACGAAUUAUGUUUUGUGUUCGGUAAACUAGCGGGCAUGGGCUUCUCUCACAACCACCUGGACCCUGACAAGAUUGAAAAAUCAAAGGACUGA